AUGUCAAAACGAACGAAAAGAAUACAUGAUAUUGUGCAGUUGAGUGGAGUAAUGAGUAAAGAGAGAGAGGAAAGUGAAGAGGAUAUGGAUGAUGCAUCCCAUGAGCUCAAUGUGGGACAGGAGACAUGUACAGAUAAUAAUACAGUUAUUGAUUUAGAGCCGUUAGGAGAUUCAAAUACAAUGACAAAUAAGGUAAGCAGUGUGGGAGAACAUAAAGAUCUUGAGGUUUUGGAAGUAGAUCAGAAGGUUGAUCCUCAAAAUGGAAAUAUUAAUCAAAAAAUGUUUGAUAUGCUGGUAUCAAUAAAUACUCAAAUGGGUGUAAUGAAUGGAAGGCUUGGUUCACUAGAAAAAGGUAAUAAUCAAUUAAAAGAGGACAAUCAAAAGUUAAAUGAAAUAUUUGAGGCCAAAUUUGGUUCAUUAGAAGUUAAAAUGGAUUCUUUGGAAAGUAAACUGAACACCUUUGAUCAUAAACUGGAAAAUACUAAGAAAGAAUUAAAGGCGGACUGGGAGACUCAAUUAAAUGCGAAAUUUGGAGAGCUAGAUGUAGAUUUUUCUAACACCUUAGAAAGGCAAUAUAAUAAUUUAAUGGGAAAACUUUAUGACCUAGAAAAGAAAUAUGAGGUAGUUUCGAAGAGUUAUGAUGGCCUGUCCAAUAAGAUGGUUAAGUGUGAAAGCAGCUGUUUCAAUGUUAGCACACAGAUAAUAGAGCUUUCGAAACAAAUAGUCGAGUUUGAGUCCGAUGCUCGUAAGGGGAUUGACAAGUAUUUAGUAGAUCAAACUAAAAGACUUGAUGAAGAUCUAUCUGAAUGGAUAGAAAUAAAAGGAAAUGAAAUUAUAGACAAGGUUAAGACUACUAUUGGAUCCCAGCCAAAUGAAAAUAUCAAUGAGCACCUAAGUAGAAAUGAUGAAUUAAUUAAGCUCUUCACUAGCGAAAUUCAGAAAAUAAAAGACAAAAUAGUUGAUGAGUUACCUAAAUGGCAAAAGGAAACCAAUCAUAAAUUGGCGGAGUUAGAACGAAAGUCAUCACAAAAUUUGUUGACAGAGGACGAACGUUCGGAGAAUAGGUCGAAAAACAACUGA